UCCCGGCUGUUGAGCAGGAUUGCUCCACCUUCAGGCCAGAAGACCCCUCCCCAGAGCUCUGCGAAGGUGAUGAAGCCAUGCAGGACCACCUACAUGACCAGGCUGAGUUAGCAGCUUGGAUUGCAAGGUCCAUGGGCCGCAUUGUGCACUCCAGUGAGGUGGAUAACAGAACACCAAUGGAAGUGCACUCACCUGUGGACUCCUGCACACCUGAAGAGCUCCAUGCACUUCCCUUCCUCCACACACCUGUCCCUCCACCUGCUGCUGACAAACCCAGCAGACUGUCCAGAGUGAAGAGCUUGCUCAUGGGGGCCAAAGAUGAGAACAAGGCCAACUACACACCUGGGAGAAGAAGAUAGAGGGACUGAAACUGGUGAGUGCUCUGGCAGAGCACCACGCUGAAGUCCUGCUACCUGAGCUCCAUGAUAUCUGCCUGAACGUCAUCCAGGAGGUGAAGAACCUGCGCUCCAUGGUGUGUCGUGCUGCCAUGACCACUCUGGCCCACCUGUAUGCCCACCUGCAGAGGAAAAUGGACCAGGAGGUGGAGAGCACUGCCUGUGUCCUGCUGCACAAGGCCGGGGAGUCCAGCCAGUUCAUCAGAGAGGACGUGGAGGCGGCCCUCAGCAUGAUGGUGCAGAACUGCUCACCUGGCCGGGUCCUGCACGCUCUGCUGACUGGUGGAUUGAGCCACCGAAACGCCGCAGUGAGAAGAUGCACUGCACAGCAUCUGGAGGAGCUCGCGUGUUUGCUGGGAGCUUCACGUCUGCUGAACGGCAAAAAGGAAUUCACCUGCAGGUUCCUGACCGCCACCAGCAAACUGGCCCUAGACUCUGCACAGGAAGUGAGACUCCACGCACGCAAUGCUCUGAGGUUUCUGGGAGGCCAUAAAGACUGUUUGAAGAUGGUGGAGAAGUUUGUUCCACCAGGAGCCAAAACAUCUAUUAAAGACAUCAUCACAAAGAGCAGAUAAAAAUCUCCCGAGGCUCCAGAAAUGACCUCACCCUGGAAGAAAGGCGGC